GAGCAUCUUUCUCGGCCAUGCUCUUUAAAAAUGGAGGUCGGGGCACUCCAGAAUCACAACUGAAUAACCUGCUAGAGUAGUGGCGAGUUGAGUUGGUUGGUUACAGGAGCAGAAGGAGCAGAGAGGGAUCGGUUUUGGAAAAUGUUUAUUAAUAAGUUUCGUGUGGAAAGCCCCAAUGUGAAGUAUACUGAGGAGAGUAUUGAGUCUGUGUAUGAUUAUCAGACCACUGAGCUUGUUCAUGAGAACAGGAGUGGGAAGUAUGAGUGGGUCGUCAAGCCCAAGUCGGUUAAAUAUGAGUUCAAGACUGAUACCAGGCUUCCCAAACUCGGGGUCAUGCUCGUGGGAUGGGGUGGAAAUAAUGGCUCCACACUGACCGCGGGUGUUAUUGCCAACAGAGAAGGAAUCUCUUGGGUGACAAAGGAUAAAGUACAGCAGGCAAAUUACUUUGGGUCUCUCACCCAAGCCUCCACUUGUAGAAUCGGUUCUUAUAAUGGUGAAGAGGUUUAUGCUCCUUUCAAGAGCCUCCUUCCCAUGGUGGACCCUAACGAUAUUGUUUUUGGGGGUUGGGACAUUAGCAUCCUGAAUUUGGCAGAUGCCAUGGCCCGAGCCAAGGUACUCGACAUUGACCUCCAGAAGCAGCUGCGACCUUACAUGCAAGACAUGCUGCCUCUUCCUGGCGUCUUUGACCCCGAUUUUAUAGCUGCAAACCAAGGUGAAAGAGCAAAUAAUAUUAUCAAGGGUUCAAAGAAGGAACAGGUGCAGCAAAUUGUUCAAGACAUUAGGGAGUUCAAGGCAAAAACAAAGGUGGACAGAGUAGUAGUUCUCUGGACCGCCAAUACAGAACGGUACAGUGACGUUAUGGUGGGGCUGAAUGACACAAAGGAGACUCUUCUGGCAUCUCUGGAAAGGGACGAGCCUGAGAUCUCGCCCUCAACUCUUUAUGCUCUGGCCUGUAUUCAGGAGAACGUUCCUUUCAUCAAUGGCAGUCCUCAGAAUACCUUUGUUCCUGGUCUGAUAGAGCUGGCCAUUGAGAAGAACAGUCUUAUUGGAGGGGACGACUUCAAGAGUGGUCAGACAAAGAUGAAAUCCGUGCUAGUGGAUUUCCUUGUUGGUGCCGGUAUCAAGCCAACCGCCAUUGUGAGCUACAAUCACUUAGGAAACAACGACGGGAUGAAUCUGUCAGCGCCACAGACUUUCCGCUCUAAGGAAAUUUCAAAGAGCAAUGUUGUAGAUGACAUGGUUUCCAGCAAUGCUAUUUUGUAUGGGCCUGGUGAACACCCUGACCAUGUGGUUGUCAUCAAGUAUGUUCCCUAUGUUGGAGACAGCAAGAGAGCCAUGGACGAAUACACUUCUGAAAUUUUCAUGGGAGGGAAGAGUACCAUUGUACUCCACAACACCUGUGAAGACUCUUUGCUUGCAGCUCCUUUAAUAUUGGAUCUGGUAUUACUUGCAGAACUUAGCACCAGAAUUCAGCUUAAGAAAGAGGGCGAGGCCAAAUUCCACUCUUUCCACCCUGUGGCAACUAUUCUGAGCUACCUCACCAAAGCCCCAUUGGUUCCUCCUGGUACUCCUGUGGUAAAUGCCCUGGCAAAACAGAGGGCUAUGCUUGAGAACAUAAUGAGGGCAUGCGUGGGACUGGCACCAGAGAAUAACAUGAUGUUAGAGUAUAAGUGAGAAGCAUAAGCAUAUGAAGGACAGCCCGGGCCCCAGGGACAUGCAUGCAGAGGUUUUACUUCUGGAUUUCAAUCACCCCCAAAGUAAAAUUGGUAUCAGUGUGACAUCGUGUUUCCAUUGCAGUUGGUUUACUUCUCUGGUUUUCAAUCAGCCACCAAUCCUCAUUUUGUGGCUCUUCUCUUGUUACUAGAAAUUAUAGAACUAAAAUUGGUAUCCGUUGUGACAUUGUGUUUCCAUUGCGGUUGGUGAUUACACUGCAAAAAAAUUAUUGACGAUGUAUGUAGUUAUCUAUAUAUAUUGUAUAUUUACUUACAUUUUAAAAAGUUGUGGUGGAACUUUCUUGCCACUGCAUUCUCUUAUCAUAA